AUUUCUUCAAGGUUUAUCGAGUGUAGUGACGAUGAUUCGACUUCUGUAACUUUCUCGUGACCCAACCAGGAAUCAUCCGUCAAUCAGUCUGUGCUUUGUGAUCGAAUAGUAAUUGUGCAUCCCACGGUUUAUCUGCAGUGUGCAUUAUAUCCGAAUUGGGGAAUUCCGUAUCGAUUUAACAUGACGAAAAAACAACAAGGAUUACGACUGGCAAUUUUAGCCGCGACGCUCUUGGCGACUGUCGUAAAUACGACGGGAUCUUCAGAAGCGUCCAAUUCCAGUCUGCCAACGAACCACAAGCCAAGUGCUUUCGUCGUGCAAGAAAGCUUUAAGCCAAGCGUGAACAACACAUUGUUGAAAAUGGAGGCAAGAAUAAACGUCGAGGACGGUCUAGACCUUACGCAAUUCGAAGCAAAGGAGAGCUUGCGGAAGCCGUUGACUGUCUCGUUGCCGGUGAAAACCGGCGUCUCGUAUGUAACGGCGGUCUCAGAGCCACGAAUAUCGUCUCUCGCGGAGCCGCAGCGAGAGGGCGAAGUAUUCGAGGAAUCAAAAUACUCGGGCCCCGUUUCCCCAGCUAUCCCAGAGGACAGGGGACUCCGUGCGGCGAACAUUGCCGGAAAGGACAGCUACCUUGACGCCCUCGCACAUUCCCGGACCAGCAAGGAUGACAAGGAGGGUGUCGUGCCGGUGAACGGCCUCAGAAUCAACGGGCCCAAAAUCUUCCGCAGAGACUACAGCGAAGGCCCCGUUUACCGUCCCGAAUCCGAUCGCUACGGCGCUCCUCCGAAGAACCAAGGCCCCGUUUACGGUCCCCCCGAUUUUGAAGAUCCCACCGAGCCCGCUCCGAUCCAGCCGACGUUCUUCCCGACCCCCAGCAACUCCUUCUCGCUACCGGAACACUCCUUCGACAGCUUCGACCCCUCUACUGGAUACGGAAGCCCUUCACCCCCCCGCGGAAAGCCGCAGACGUUAUAUGGGGCCCCUCAACCAUCUUACGGAGCCCCUCAACCAUCCUACGGAGUCCCGCAAGCUCCGCAGAACAGUUAUGGGCCCCCUUCGGCCAGCUAUGGCCCACCACCACCACAGAACGUCUAUGGUCCACCAAGCAUCGGUUAUCAGCCGGUUCAGGGUCCUCAGCAAGGUGAGGCCAGAGGCUACGGUCCUCCGGCCCCGACUUACGGGGCACCCUAUGCUUUGCCGGGAAUGCCGAGUCUGCCCUCGAUUCCAAUGAUAGACUUCACCUGGCCCUUUGCGCUGAAGCUGAACGCUUUCACUCUGGCAAAGAUAAUAUUGAAGCUCGUGAUAUUCAAGCUCAUCGUUAAAUUCAUUGCUAUCAUUUGCUUACUGCUGUUUAUACCGAAGUUGGAAACCAGCAAGAAGGACGAUAAGCAGGAAGACGACUAUGAGGGUCGCGAUGAUUCAACUUUUCCCCCUUUAGCUGACGGAGCUAUGGAUCGUCUCAAUUUCCUCACUGCUAUGGUGAUGGGCUCCAUCGACAAGCAGUACGAAGAAAAUGAAAAAAAGGAUUGCACAUCCUUCACGUGUCGAUUUAGGAGAGCGCUUACUUCCGGCGAAUCUUGGGCCGAUUAUCUCCGGCUCUUCAAUAGCUACGCAGUCGAGGAGGUGCGGAAAGUCGAAGAAAAAGAACGGGCUCGGCACGAAACGAAGAAGUCGUGACGGAGUGGUCAGUUCUCGAAAUUAGGACGAAAAAGGCUUCACAACUAGCGCCAUGACUGUAGAAUAGUAACUUAUUUAUUUAUUUAUUUAUUUAUUUAUAAUGUAUCAAAUAUUUUAGGAAUGAAGUUACUUAAUUGAAAGAAUAAUUCUCGAGUGAUUCAACGGUCCUCAAACUGCCCCACAUUUUCUCAUUACCACCUACACGCAUUCCAACCUUAAUCAAAUUACCGAAACUAC